GCCCGUCCGUCUGCCCGCAGGCACUGCCCGAACCAGCCGAGCCUCCGGAGACCCGGGCCGCGGGGGCGUCGCGGGCUCAACCCCAGGAUGCUCCCCUUCGCCUCCUGCCUCCCCGGCUCUCUACUGCUCUGGGCGCUGCUGCUGUUGCUUUUGGGGGCAGCAUCUCCCCAGGAUUCGGAGGAGCCGGACAGCUACACGGAAUGCACAGAUGGCUAUGAGUGGGACCCCGACAGCCAGCACUGCCGGGAUGUCAACGAGUGCCUGACCAUCCCCGAGGCCUGCAAGGGGGAGAUGAAAUGCAUCAACCACUAUGGGGGCUACCUGUGCCUGCCCCGCUCAGCCGCUGUCAUCAAUGACCUUCACGGCGAGGGACCACCACCACCAGUGCCCCCUGCUGAACAUCCCAACCCCUGCCUACCAGGCUAUGAACCUGAUGAGCAAGAGCGCUGUGUGGACGUGGACGAGUGUGCCCAGGCCCUGCAUGACUGCCGCCCCAGCCAGGAGUGCCAUAACCUACCUGGCUCCUACCAGUGCACCUGCCCCGAUGGCUACCGAAAGAUUGGGCCCGAAUGUGUAGAUAUCGAUGAGUGCCGUUACCGUUACUGCCAGCACCGCUGUGUCAACCUGCCCGGCUCCUUUCGCUGCCAGUGCGAGCCGGGAUUCCAGCUGGGGCCCAACAACCGCUCCUGUGUAGAUGUGAACGAAUGCGACAUGGGGGCUCCGUGUGAGCAGCGCUGCUUCAAUUCCUAUGGGACCUUCCUGUGUCGCUGCCACCAGGGCUACGAGCUGCAUCGGGAUGGCUUUUCCUGCAAUGAUAUCGAUGAGUGCAGCUACUCCAGUUACCUCUGCCAGUACCGCUGCGUCAACGAACCUGGCCGCUUCUCCUGUCAUUGCCCGCAGGGCUACCAGCUUCUGGCCACGCGUCUCUGCCAAGACAUUGAUGAGUGCGAGUCGGGCACACACCAGUGCUCUGAGGCCCAAACCUGUGUCAACUUCCAUGGGGGCUACCGCUGCGUGGACACCAACCGCUGCGUGGAGCCCUACGUCCAGGUGUCGGACAAUCGCUGCCUCUGUCCGGCCUCCAACCCCCUGUGCCGGGAGCAGCCCUCGUCCAUCGUACACCGCUACAUGAGCAUCACCUCGGAGCGGAGCGUGCCCGCCGAUGUGUUCCAGAUCCAAGCGACCUCUGUCUACCCUGGCGCCUACAAUGCCUUUCAGAUCCGUGCGGGAAACUCGCAGGGGGACUUCUACAUUAGGCAAAUCAACAAUGUCAGCGCCAUGCUGGUCCUCGCCCGGCCUGUGACAGGCCCCCGGGAGUACGUGCUGGACCUCGAGAUGGUCACCAUGAACUCCCUCAUGAGCUACCGGGCCAGCUCUGUACUGAGACUCACCGUCUUCGUGGGGGCCUACACUUUCUGAGGUGUGGGUGGGGAGCCCUCAGGGAGGGAGAGGUUUCCUGUAGCCGAAGAGCCGGGGGCUCAGGGAUGACUGUGUUCGGCUAAAAGGGAAGAUGCUGUUGUGAAGAGUAGAAAGAGAAAGGCAAUAAAGGGAGAAAGAAGGAGUC